CUUCCAAACCAAAUUCGUAUCCCGACCAAAUUUGCUUCCCAACCAAACAGAAUUCGUAUCCCGAUCAAAUUCGUAUCCCAACCAAAUUCGCUUCUCAACCAAAUUCAUAUCCCAAUCAAAUUCGCUUCUCAACCAAAUUC